UCUAAAUGCAACAACAAACAGUCGAAGACUUGGCAGAAAAGGAGGCUGAAAUCAAAGAAGCAUUUGAAAUAUUCGAUAAGAAUAAAUCCAAAAGUAUAUCUGGUAAUAAACCCCUCAUUCAUUAUUAUAUAGUUUAAGAACUGACUUCGGUUUUCCGUUCUCUGGGUUACAACUUCUCGUAAGAUGAAAUCUAGUCUAUGGUCAAGGAGUUGAGACAAAACCAGAAGGCUGAGGGAGCAGAAGACAAGGAACUGGAUUUUGAUGAUUUUAAGAACCUAUUAUUGAUGCAAGAGGAGAAGGCUAAAAGUGGUGAGGACGAUUUGAGAGACGCCUUUGAGGUUUUUGACAGAGAUGCAAAUGGCUAUAUCGGUUUGGAGGAAUUGAUGAUGGUAGCAAAGAGUUUAGGUGAGAACAUCUCAGAAGAUGACCUAAAAGGAAUGUUAUAAUAUGCAGCCAAUACAUCGAAUCAGAAGGACGACGACAAGGACAAAGCACCACAAAUCAAUUUGCAAUAAUUCGUUGAAGCUUAUUUAAAAUGAAAC